UCGGAGAAAACCGGCGCUUCGAAAGAGUUUCGGAAAACAUCCAAGUCGGACAAGAAGUGUUCCGGGUAGAAGUGCAUCCACGACGAGAGCUGCGGGUAGAGGCGAUGGAUAACAGUUUGAGCGAUAUCAACUACUUUCGGCAUGAGGACAUCGACGAUCGGACGGUGUCCAUCAAGGUUUCCAAAUCGCUUGAAGACCUCGUCGAUCGGCCUGACCCACAGAGCGUGCUGAAAUUCAAGCUGACGUGUCGUGGAGCUUCUGGAACGGAGGAAGCCUUCCUGCCAGUCACGGUCUACAUUCAAGACGUCAACGACCACGCUCCUGAAUUUCAGAAUGUACCUUACCACCUUGAAGUCGACGAACUGACGCCCGUCGGGCUGACCGUGUUCCGAGGUGUGCACGCCAUCGACAGGGACAAGCCCAACACGCCCAACUCCGACGUCACCUACGCCAUUGUGGGCGGCAACGAGAACAAUUCUUUCGCCCUCUCCGACCCCCUGGAGGGAAUCAUCGUCAUCAACAAGCCCCUGGAUUUCGACCAUGGCCCAAGAGAAUACCGCCUCGAAAUUCAAGCGCGGGAUCACGGUUCUCCCGAAAGCUUCCAGUCACUGACCAGCGUGACCAUCCGAGUGAAGGACGCAGACGAUCAAAAUCCGGUCUUUACGCGACAAGUCUACAAGACCAACGUAACUGAGGCUGCUGUGAUCACGGGCGCCAGGCUACGAGUGAAGCUUCAGACGGACGCCCCCGUGCACGCCUUCGACCAAGACCUGGGCAUCAACGCACCCCUCCGCUACUCAAUCAUCCACGGAAACGAACUGGGGAUUUUCGAGCUCCAGGAGCAAACAGCCGAACUUUUCAUGGUCCGUGAAGUGGAUCUGGAAUCCCUACCGUCACCGGUGUUCACCCUCCAAGUCCAAGCGACGCAGAUGGACAACUCCCUUCGCUACGCCCUAGCCAAGGUGGAAGUUUCCGUGAUGGACAUCAACGACAACGUGCCCGUGUUCGACUACGACAUGUACAACAUCACCGUCAUGGAGAACCUGCCGCCCGGAUUCACGGUGGUCCAAGUGCACGCCGUGGACCGAGAUUCCGGCGACAACGCGGACUUCUUGUACCACCUCAUCGACGACACCGGGGGCUUCACCAUCGACGAGAAGGAAGGCUGGAUUCGAGUCAGGGAUCCCGCCAAGCUGGACAGAGAGAAGGUUGACAAGCUCACGAUGAGGGUCUUGGCACUUGAGCGGAAGCCGAACGUGAACCCGGAUGCCAAGGCCAGCACAGCCGUGGUGGAAGUGUCUCUUCUGGAUGCCAACGACAACAACCCCCAGUUCUUGCCCGAGGGUGUCUACAUCUUCAGCGUCACAGAGACCGAUCCUCCUGGAACCGUCAUCGGAUCGGUGGUGGCCGUGGAUCCAGACAUGGGCGAGAACGGCCGUGUGGUAUUCUUCAAGCAGAACGACACUCUCAGCUACAGCGUUCCAUUCGGAGUACACCCGUUCAACGGAUCAGUGUACGUGCUCGAUCGCUUCAAAGACAUUCCUGUCAAGCCGGACCGCUACACUUUCUUUGUCGUCGCAUCCGAUGCCGCCAGAAGUGAGCACGAGCGAAGAACCGCCGUGGCCGUGGUGCACGUCAACGUGACUGACGUCAACAACAACGUUCCGGAGUUCGUGGGGGCCCCCUACGAAGCCCAGGUCGGGGAGUCAUUGCCGGCGGGAGCGCUUGUCACUCAAGUCUCUGCGAAAGACCUGGACGCCAACACAGCGCUCACCUACUCAAUCAUCGCUGGAAAUGACGACGAAACCUUUCACAUGAACCCGUUUACGGGAGUUAUCACCAGUGGGACCGUAUUGGAUUUUGAGAAGAAGCAGUCCUACGAUCUCCUCGUUCAAGUCUCUGAUGGCUUCAAUACGGCCGUCUCUCCGCUCACAGUGCACGUCGUGGACAUCAACGAUCAGCAGCCCGUGUUCACGCACAACUAUUACAAUUUCUCGGUCGUCGAGGAAAUGACCGAGAACGUGACUGUCGGAACCAUCAGGGCCAUCGAUAGAGACUCAGGUCGGAACGCAGCCAUUCGGUAUACCAUCUUGGGCGACCACGCCAACAACGCGCUCCUGGUGGACGAGGGAGGCAACAUCGUGACCAAGAGGAGUCUCGACCGCGAGCGCGAGUCAAAACUGGAGUUUCUCGUAAUCGCCUUCGACGGUGGCAUCCCGCAGCUUAGUGGAACCACCACGGUCGCGGUCCAGGUGGAAGACAUCAACGACAAUCCGCCCUACUUCGAAGGGGACACGUUCUUCGUCAACGUGCCGGAGGAGAAGGACCCGCCGCUGGAGGUCUUCACGCUUCAGGCAAAGGACGUGGACUCCGGAGACAACGCCGUGAUGAAGUACCGCAUCAUCGGUGGCAACGACGACGCCGUCUUCGGCAUAAACGAGGACACCGGCGUGGUGACCACGAGCAAGCGACUCAACUACGAGACUCAAGCCGAGUACGCCCUCCAAGUGGCCGCGUUCAACGUCCGGCCGUUCCAAGGACCGCAGGCCGCCACAAUGGGCAACCCUGUGGUCAACCUCAUCGUCAGAGUUCAGGACGUGAACGACGAGCUGGUGACCUUCGAGCAGACCUCGUACAACUUCCGGAUCUGGGAGAACACCACGCGCAGCGAGAGCGUGGGCUUCCUCAACGCCACCAACCAGCACCAGACGUCCGGGAGCCAGCACGUGACCUUCUGGAUCGGCGAAGGCAACGACCUGGGCAAGUUCUGGAUCAACCCGAGCACCGGCGAGCUCGUGCUCAUGGACAAGGUGGACAGGGACCCGCCCGACAGCCAGGUCCAGUUCCGACUCAAGGUCUUCGCCAGGGACCUCCAGUCCAUCACGCCCUACAACACCUCGGUGCCCGUCAUUAUCGACGUGCUCGACAUCAAUGACAAUGCACCGUCCUUUGGCGAAGAGAAAUUUGCCCUCGAACUUCCGGAAAGUCUCCCGCUGGGAACCGAACUGCCUGCCUUCUACCGAGCACGGGACAUCGACGCUGGACCCAAUGGACAGAUCGUUCGUUUUAUGACCGAAGGAGCCGAGGACAAAUUCUUCGUGAACAACGUGACGGGAGCCCUCACGCUGAUCUCCGAGCUCGACUACGAAACUGCCGACACGCACGAGUUUGUCGUUCUCGCAAUGGAUGGCGGCACGCCUCCCAAGACUGGAUCGGCAAGCAUCAUCAUUUCGGUGCAGAACAUCAAUGAGUUCAGUCCAGAGUUUGUCGGCUAUCCUUACAACUUCUACGUGGCCGAGAACGCGGCUCGCGGCACCAGCGUCGGACAAAUUCAGGCGACGGACAAAGACGGAAACAAGAUAGUCUACGCCAUAUCGGACGGUGACGCUGAGUACUUCGGCAUCGAGAGUGACACCGGCAAGCUGUACGUGAAGAAGAAUCUCGAGUCCCGUACGUCGUACACGAUCGUGGUGACGGCCACCGACAACGGCGUGCCCGAGAACCGCACCCUCGGCGUCCAGGUCACCGUGUUCGUGAAGGAGGUGAACAACUACCCUCCGGUCUUCUCGCACUCGAGCUACAAGGGAACGGUCCUCGAGAAGUAUGCCACGGACCGGGUCAUCAUCAAGCUUUUCGCUACCGACAAAGAUCUACAGAACAACACCAUCACUUACAAUAUCACGAGCGGGAAUGAUGAGGGGAUCUUUGUGAUCGACCACGAAACCGGAGAUAUCCGGGUGAAUCCCGAAACCAUCAAUCUUCUCGACUACGAUCGCAAGAAGCAGUUCGUCAUGUUGGUUCAAGCAAAAGACUCCCACAACACGCCGCUGUUCGGACUGUCUAUGGUUACCAUUGAUGUCUUGGAUUCCAACGACCAUGCACCAACGUUUUCAAAGACAGCUUAUUCGGCGUCGCUUCCUGAAAACCUCCCAUCGGGACACUGCUUCCUAAGUAUUCAAGCCAGCAGCGGCGACUCAGUCGACCAAGUUACGUACGAGAUCCUCAACAAGGACAUCCCGUUUACCGUCAACGGCAGGACAGGGGACGUCUGCACAUCCCAAGUGCUGGACCGUGAACGUCGCGACAGCUACGAAUUCGCAGUGGCCGCGUCUGAUGGCAAGUUCGACAUGAAGGCCCCCGUCAGCAUCGAAGUCGUCGACGAGAACGACAACCCUCCUAGAUUCGAGAAGGAGCGCUAUUCCGUGAGCAUACCGCACGACUCGCAAGCGGGGCGCUCUGUUAUUCAACUUCACGCCAUCGAUCUGGACGUUGCCAACAACGGGGAAAUUACCUACUGGAUCAAGAACACGCACGGAAUCUUCGAGAUCGACGCCAAGACGGGACUGGUCCGGAUGGCCGCGGGUCUUCCUCUCAACUCGAUGAAGAACCUCACUUACGAGAUGGAGGUAUUUGCCCAGGACCACGGUGCCGCGUCUAACAUCGGCAAGACCUCGCUUGUCGUCAAGGUGUCCAGUACGCACAACAACCCUCCGGUCUUCGAUCGGUUCGCGUACAGCGUGUACGUCGAUGAGAACGCGGCCAACGUGCCCCUGGUUCAAGUGCACGCUUCUGAUCCUGACGAAGGAAGUGCGGGCAAAGUGGUGUACAGGAUCGCUAGAGCGACAAAGAGAGAAACAUUCCGAAUAGACUCUCAGACGGGAAAAAUUACAUUAGUGUCGCCAUUAGAUUACGAGCAAAUUAAGCACUUAGAAGUAUUCGUCGAAGCGAGAGAUGACGCCAACGAGCCGCAGUUCGCGACGACGAUUGUUCAGGUAACUGUCAACGACGUUAACGAUAAUGCACCCGAGUUCUUGUCUAUGCCACGGUUACUACGGAUACCAGAAUCAACGUCUCAAAAUGAACUGGUUUACCGAGUGCAAGCGAUAGAUCUGGACUCACCCGCUGGUGGAAACAACGACAUCAAGUUCGAACUGAACCCUCCGAGCACGAGGUUCUCAAUCCACCCAAAAACUGGCCAAGUGUUUGCCACGCAGCCGUUGCAGCUUGGAACAGAGUCUCUUCGUAUUGUGGCAACAGAUGGAUCUAUUUACCCGCUCACCAGUGCUGUCGAGAUGCGCAUUGAAGUCUACAAGGACUCAGUGGAUGAGCCCAGUCCCGCCUUCUCAUCGGUUCAAUACACGGUGGAUUCCGCUUCCGUCAUCGAGGCUGGCGCCACUGUCCUCGAAGCAAGAGCCACUGUUCCCAAUGGAAGCCCCAUCUGGUACAACAUCACCGGUGACGACGGCAGUCAUGUCCGUCGUUUUUCCAUCAAUCAUGACUCGGGAAGAAUAGUGACCACUACCCGCCUGGAUGCUGAGAAACAGUCUGUCUAUCAUUUCAUGGUUGUUGCCGUUAACAAGAGGGAUCCCCAACACCAGGCUGAAGCUGGGGUUGUCAUACGUCUGACAGACAAGAAUGUCCGAUGCCCGAAGUUCCCAUUCACAGAGUAUUUCGCUUCAAUUCAAGAGAACUCGCCACCUGACACCGUAGUGCUCCCUAAUCUGAUUGCUGAAGAUGUUGAGAAGUUUGAAAAGAUAUCAUACCAGAUCACGGAGGACAAUUCCGAUGACAACUUCGUACUGGAUACAAAGCAGAACGUCAUAUCGCUGAGGGUAAAAAAGCCACUUGAUCGAGACAACAUGCCAGCUAUUCUUCAGGGUGUCUACACCUUGACGGUAACGGCAAGCAACUACAAGUGCUCUGGUAGCAGUCGCAUCAAGGUUUAUGUGGAAGACGUAAAUGACAACAGUCCUGUAUUUGAAAAGAACGACUAUGUUGUUGAGCUGGAAGAGAACACUCCACCGGGUCAGACUGUUACUCACCUGGUGGCUGCCGAUCGAGAUGGUCUUGACCUUGGAAAGAUUCGUUACUACAUCAUCGAUGGAAAUAGCGGAGAAGAGUUCAGUAUGGACGAGACAAGUGGCAUCAUCUCUGUCAGGCUUAUUCCUGAUCGUGAGAAGACGCCCGCAUUUAUGCUGAAGGUUCUUGCUGUUGAUUCUGCUAACAAUACGGGGAGGGCCAGUGUGCACAUUAUUAUUAAAGACACGAAUGACUGGACACCGACAUUCCUCAAUGACACCUUCUUCUUGAAUGUCACUGAAGGUCCUCCAAGUAUUGGUGCUUUUGUUCAGCUUCCAGUCGCAGAUUACGAUGACGGAAUUAACAGACAGGUGGAGCUGUACAUCGUUGACGGAAACAAUGAAAACCAGUUCAGGCUGGGUGUCAACGAGAAUGGGGCGGUCCUCAAGGUAGUAUCAGAGCUGGAUCGGGACAAGUACAAGGUCCCCGACGCUGCGCUUCACUUGGUCGUGGUGGCUGCGAGGGACAUGGGUACACCUUCAAGAACGGGCUCUACAACGGUUGCCAUUGUUAUACAAGAUGUGAACGACAGCCCGCCUCAGUUCGAGAAAGAGGCGUACUACGAGUUCGUCUCCGAGAACGCGCCUGUUGGUACUAUCGUGGACACUGUAAAGGCAACGGACCCGGACUCCCCUCAAAAUACGAACAUGACUUACUCCUUCGCUCGCUUGUCCAGAAGAGUUCCGUUCAUGAUCGACCCUAUUUUGGGAACUGUGAACAUCACAAGAGCUUUGGAUAUUUCGGAAAGCCAAGAAUACUCGCUCGAGGUUCAAGCAAACGAUGGCCUUUGGAAAACCACCACGGCGAUGAAGAUUUACGUGAGUGAAGCGGAGGAACGGGAUCCGCGGUUUGACCAGUUGCACUACAAGUUCAAGGUGUUGGAGAAUGUUCCCGGUGCUGUUGUGGGUCAGGUGGAGCUGCAAUCGCGAACACUCCGUGUCAACAGUCAGAUGCGUUACAGCAUCAUAAAUACGGACGUUCGUCCAUACUUUAACAUCACCAAGGACGGAGAGAUCUUCACUAAAGUUGGGCUCGACAGAGAAAAACGAAGCCGAUAUACGUUUACCGUGAUGUUGGAAGAAAAACGCCCCACCACCAAAGUGAGCGUGAGUGAAGUAUCGGUGGAAGUUGUUGACGUCAACGACGAAACUCCUACGUUCAUGCAAUCCUACCAAGGAACAAUUAGGGAGAACUCGCCUCCAGGAACCCUAGUCACUGUGACACCGUCAAUCAUGGCCAUAGACAAGGACAGCGGCAACAACUCUGUCGUUCAUUACUCCUUGGGAGGCUCUGGCAGUGAUCUAUUUUCUAUUCUCGAUUCUGGGGUGGUCAUCUUCAGUGGUGGAAACCCAGUCUCUGUCCUCGAUCGUGAGCUGGCCGACCGCUACGAGCUUCUGGUAACUGCACGUGAUUUGGGCAAUUUGAGUUCAACGACCUACUUGACAAUCAAGGUAGAAGACGAGAACGACAAUGCUCCCUCAUUCCAACAUGGGCCCCUGAGAGUGCUACUGCCAGAGACCGCUAGACCCGGAGCUCGCGUGGCGCAAGUCUCGGCAAUCGAUGCUGAUGAGAAGGGACCCAACUCCAAGGUGGAAUACUCUAUCGUUUCUGGAAGCAGGGGCAACGUCCGAAUCGACAGGCAGACUGGCGAGAUCUUUGUGGUCGGAGCUUUGAAGCCGGAGACGGUCUACCUGUUGAACGUUUCGGCCGCUGACGGCCGUGGUCUUGCCAACCUCAUAGUCGUGAACAUCACGGUGCUGGACGUAAACGACCACAAGCCAACCUUCGUGAAGCCAGAGUACAGCUUCACCAUCUUGGAAGGAAACUACAAAGAGCAGAGGUCAAGGUUGGGUGUUUUGCGAGCUGUGGACGACGAUCGCGGCAAGAAUGGCGCUGUGGAUUACGCUAUUAUUUCUAGGAAAGACCAGAAUCUGCCCUUCCACGUAGAUGUUCACACCGGAGAAUUAUUUGCGACUGGUGUACUUGACAGAGAAACCAAGUUCAACUACUACUUCCAUGUUCUCGCUCUGGACAAUGGCGACCCACCACAGAACUCAACCGUUAACGUAACUGUGACCAUUGAGGACGCCAAUGAUGAAAAACCUAGGUUCUUCACGGAUCCAUAUUUGGCUCAGAUUCCAGAAAACUUAGACCCUGGCCAGAAGGUUACGCAAAUUCGAGCGUUCGAUCCUGACACCGGUGAAAAUGGACUUGUCUUUUACAAGCUGGGAGGUGGACAUGACAACAAGUUUUAUAUCGACAGCAAAGAUGGCACCGUGUGGACACUGAGCAAGCUGGACUUUGAGAAGCAGGAGUUCUACAACAUGACGGUGAUUGCGUACGACCAGGGCAAGCCCAGUAUGAGCGCCAUGGCCAAGCUCUGGGUGACGGUGACGGACAGGAACGAUGUGGUGCCCGAGUUUCCCAAGUCGGUCUACACGCUGGAGGUCGCGGAAAAUACGCGAGUGGGCGACGUAGUCUACACUCUGGAUGCGGGACCAGGAAACUUCCUCUACACGCUCGACAACCCCCAAGAAGUGGAUACGUUCUCGGUAGAACCGCACAAUGGCGAGAUUCGGUUGGCCAAGGCUCUCGACAGCAUUCAUCAGAGCCACUAUCGUCUCGUUGUUUCUGCGACGGAUGACGGGGAUCCUCCAAAAUCGGAUCACGCUGAGGUGAAUAUCAUCAUCGGUAGCGGCCAAGGCGUCCGCCUGUUCCCUCUGCGGAUGUACGAUGUGCUUGUGUUCGAGAAUCAGCUUGCCCCACAAGUGGUUCUUGAUCUGAAUGCGACGGACGAGAUUGCUCAUAGGCCUGUUCAAUACACCAUCGUCGGAAACAAUUACAAUGGCUUAUUUGCAAUCGAGCCCGAUACCGGGAGACUGUCGGUCACAUCAAGCCUCGACAGGGAGGCGAUGUCGAAAUACGUCGUGAAGGUUCGAGCGAUGAACAAGAAACGGGUUGGUCGAGCGGUGCGCGAUAAUGCGGCAAAGAGAAACAAGAAGCCCGAAGAGGACACGGCGCAUGUCGCUUUCGACGAAGCCCUCGUUGUUGUGAAUGUGGGCGACGAAAACGACAACUCGCCCGUCUUUGACCACCAGGGCAAACCCAUAGUGGCUGCCGUGCCUCUGGAAGCUUCCUUCGGCUAUCAAGUUACCAAAUUACAUGCGCGCGACGCUGACACUGGAUUCAACGGCGCCAUUCGUUACGAGAUCAUCCAAAAGGCCGAAGACGCCUCUUCUAAGUUCCAGAUCGACCCGGUCACUGGGGUGGUGCGUUCUGUGGUCACCUUCUCCUUGGACGGCGGCAAGAUGUACGGCUUCGACGUCAAGGCCGUCGAUCGUGAGGGGUCGGAAGGAGGAAAUGCCGCCGUUGCCAAUGUCUUUGUUUACGUCCUACCUGAAACCAAACUAGUCUUGUUUGUUACUGACACUCCACCAGUGCAUGUGGAACAACAUAUUGACAGGAUUCUUGGAUACCUUGGAAAUAUUACUGGAUUCCAAGUUAAAAUGGCAAAGCUGGAGCCACAUCAUGAAGACGAGAUGGAGCAUCCUGAGUCGUCGGACCUGUUCCUUUAUGCUAUCAACAAAGAUACCAACGAGAUUGUCGACACUGAUACUUUGCUCAAUGUUCUGAACGAGAACUCUCAGGUGAUUGUGCGCUACCUUGAGACCUUCCGCAUUCGGCGCAUCCAAGGCGUCUCAGUGCAAGAGAAAAUCAGUCAGAUGGGAACGACCGAGAUUGCCAUCAUUGCGCUUAGCAGUGUUAUCUUUCUUGGUGCUGUUUUGGGGAUUGUCCUGCUUUGCUCAUCGUGCCAACGAAAGAAACUGCGCAAACGUCAGAAGACAUGGGAGCAGCAGCGACUUUACAGUAUCAAAAACCCUCUCAUGGGCAAGGCUGUGGGGAACCCAUACGGUGGCAGAGUCUCGGCAGGCCCACCCCCCAUUGGGGUGCCCCCUCCCAAUCUGCAGUACAACAAUGUGGACGACGUACCCAUGGAUUACAAUGACAGCAUGACUGACACCUACUCUGUAAAUAAGCACAACAAGAUGAAACUACGACAAACUGCUCCUGACGGCGCCUCGUCCCUAAACCCGCCACGCAGUCCUCGUUUUGAGCGCUACGCGAAGAAUGAAAAUGGCUGGUACGACAAUAGGGAUGUUGAGACUGUAAAAUCUGACAUGACUGGUUCGAACUUCACGAGCUGGUCUUCGAGAAGGUCCCAUCAGUCACAGUCACGAGGCAAACCCGUGACGGAGUUAUGAGUCGACCGCGAAAGCGUGUGCUUUCAUUAGUGCAUCUUCUUCUAAUUCUCACGAGAGGGAGGGAAAAAGAAACGGAAGAGGCCCCGGCGUCUGCACGGGGCACACCUCAGGCCCUUGCAAGUAACAGUGACUCAUUCCACUAAAUGCGCUAACCUGCAGUGCGCAGUUCAGCGAGGCUACUACGACGACUACUACCUGUGUUCGGACUGCGAGUGCGCGUUUGUUUUCGCUGGCAAAUGAGUGGUCCGUUUUGUCUGUUUUGUUUUGUUUCUUCCAGUGCUACACUUUAGUCUUUGAACUUUGGGAGCGCCCGAGGCAGGCAGACCGUUUGUGUAAAACUGCGAGAAAGGAUACGGUGAUGCCUCCCUACAAAACGAAGUGCCUUUCAACGCCGCCGCUCAUUUGUGCGCGUGAACGGACAUCAAGCAUCGGAGAAGUUCAGUGCGCGGGUUUCCGGUGGCCGCACCCGCCUGGGAGCGCACUCCGGACAUUUUCGGUGGGUGCGGCGACCUGCCAAGAGUCUCUCAAAAAUGUGGUUUGUUGUAGAGAGUUCGCUAGUUACGAAAAGCUUUUAGUUGUGAACGUGCGACCGUGUCUUGUCUGCGCCAGGCUUUGACCAUUGUGCGUCAACCACGUCCGUUGUAAACACGGCCACUAAGUAUGUCCAAGCGCUUGGAAUUCUAGCAGCAGCAGUGCGCUUCUUGUUUUACUUUGUUUUGUUUUCCUGCGGUCUAGAACUGCGUUUUUCAGACUAAGAAAAUGCCAAGCAACCACCAUCAUCAUCAUCAGCAUAUAGUAAUCCGGACACGAAUAAGAAUUGUUUGUGCGAUGGUCGUAGAUCAAUUCCAUAACUGGAACUUUGAGUCAUUUAUAUCUAGAGCACAAGUGUUACGACGGUGAAACUGCUAGAAUAAUUGGGAAUAUAUUUGAGCCAGUUAAGCAGUGAUAAACAGCCAGUUUUGGUUUAACCCUAACAAAAUUUUCAUUCAUUUUCAUGAAGUGUCUGGAUUAUAAUGUGACUUGUACAUAGCAAACUCAAAUCUUUGUACUGCUGCAAACAAACUUUUUUUUUAAUAAAUCAUGACUCUAUGAA